AUGGAUGCAAUCUUUCACGAGAAGGUAAAUGUUUUCCUGCGAAUCUUGCCUUUUUGCCAGCCUUCAGGGUCUUAAAUCCAUAAGAAAUUAAUUUAAUAAUGUUACUAUUGUUUUGCUUUGCAGCAAGAAGGUUCUCUUUGCGCCCAACACUGCCUCAAUGCCUUAUUACAAGGUACUGUACCAGCUAAUGCAGAUAGAGAACAGUGCGUCAAAUGUUAAACUUAUAAUUUGUGAUUGAGUUGUAAGGAAGAUCCUUUGACGUUUAUGUCAAGGAUAACUUUUAAUUCAAAGCCAAACAUAACUAGUUUCUAAUAAGCUGCAAUUUGUAGGAAAGACAUCGCACUGCUUGUUGGAAUACCUUGGAAUAAUUUCAUUUUUAUUUUUGACAGCUCGACUUUAUUGUUAUUGAUCCACAUGAAAACAAUAGUUAAAUUAAGUUAGUUUAGGACUCUCUUUUGGUCGCACAUCUCUCUUCCAGGACUCUGAAAACUUCUAGAGGUGUAAUUUUUUAGGGAUGUGAUCUUUCCAGACAACUGUUUGGGAGUUCACUGCUUUUUGAUCGUGAUCAAACUACUUUGCCUUACACUUAGCCCCCAGUGGCCUAGACCCUCCUUUGCUAUCUACCAUAAAAUUCUUAUGAGAUAAAAUUUCCGCACAGCCCUAUACUAUUGUAAAACAAAUCUGUUUUCCCAAUGGCAAUGUAUUGUUUUUGUCAUUGUUUUCUCUAUCCAAGAAAUGAAUGCAUAAUGUAGGAUGGGGCUGUGCAGAAACUUCACCUUCUUAUUAUGUUACUUCAAAUAAUUUAUUAUUGGAUCAAUAGGAAUUCCCUAAUUUAUAUUUUUCUUUACUCUCAUCACUCUUCAGCUUAAUAUUUUAUUAAUACUGUAAGGAGAAAUUCUGUAUUAGUCACUUGUAGGAGUCAAAGGGUAAGUGGGGAGUUCUCUACAAUGAACAAGUAUUCUAAAUUGGAGAGUUGGCAGUGAUUCAUGUUGCUUUUAGGCAUGGAAAGUGGGAUAAGCUCAUGCAAUGAGGGGCCAGUAGGCUUGAGAAAUUAAACCAACCUAACCUUUUUUCAUAGGCCCUUACUUAAACCCAGUAGUUCUGGCGGAUAUAGCGACAGAAUUGGAUGAGCUUGAGAGAGCAAGAAUGGCAGAAGGAGAUGUUACAUCACAGGAUUAUCAAGAAUUUAUUAAGGUGACUGUUUUCAUUUUUUGAAGGGAACUUAUUACCAUAAAGGGGAUGAGUUGAUCAGAAGACAUUAUCACAGUGAGAAGAGUGGGGAUUUGGUACUGCUUUCGUCAGAAAAUUCAUGACCAUAAGAGCUUCAUAUAUGAUGCCUUUAAGAACAGUGCGUGCUUUUGCUAUUGUAUACACAAGCUAUAUAUCAUGCCUUGGUGGUAAAUGGGAGCAAAAAAAGCCAACAUUUGGUACUUGUAAAAGGCUUUUUUCCCUCAUAUUUAUUGGCAAAAUCAAUUCAAUCAUGCUGCCUUCUGUUCAUAAAAAACUUCAGAAAAUGAAAGAGAAAUAUCUUACUUUCAGGGAAGGAGUUAGGAAAGCUACAUGUAGAGUGAGGUAUGCUGACAAAUUCAAUCAAGUGAAAUAAUUCAGAAAAAUGCAGAGUGACCUUUAUUUUAGUAACCACUUGAUAAAUUUUUCAUUCAGUAUUUACCCAGUAUUGUUGGUUGUAAAGUGAGAGUGAUAAGGGUUAAAAAUGGAUUUUAAAAUGUAAUCAUUUUGAUAAUCAAAAUUUACAUUUCACUGUUAGUUCCAAGAUUUUAACUAUUACUAUUGAUCUGGUUUGUCUUGGCCAGGAAUUAUAUUUCCUUCACUUUGUUAAAAAAUGCAAUGUCAGCACCUUUUUCAGUUUUGAAACCUAGUUACCCCCAAUUUUCUUUUUUUAUAUUUUGAUUGCCCUUGACAGUCAAUGGCCAGGCAAAUUAAAUCCCUAUUAGUAGGUACCAACCUUAAGCUGAUAUAACAAAUCCAGAAAGACAAACUAAACAAAGCACAGGGGGUAAAGGAAUAUCUGCAUUAUAAUACCCAAUCACGAAAAGAUGCAUUUAAAAAUUUCAGACAAUCAAACAAGCACUAUGUUAUAAGCAACAACAGAACAUUAUAUUCAACAAUUAUUCAUCAAAACAGAGGUGGUUUGUGGGAUAUAUCUAUUAAGCCACAAGGCAUAGGGGGGGUAUUGACUGUUUCCAGUAUAUAUCAAAACCAGUAGAGGGCAGCAGUAUCCAUAUCCCUCCAAUGGGAGGGAUUUAUUUUGAGCUCCCCCUCUCUCCCUACCCUUUUGGAAAUGUCAUUUGGUAUCUUAUGUUGCCUAGGAAAUUUCCAGUGGUCAUUGAACCCUUUGAUUCCCAAGAUCUCAUUAGUAAUUCUCCUUACUGUGUGCCACACAAUUCUUAUGGUGUUUGCUUGAGGAAUUUGGACUUGGAUCAAUUACUUAUCCUUAAAUUGAUAACUAUUCUUGUCACUUGUCAGCUUGAUAUUGUAAGGAGAAAUUCUGUCCUGGUCACCAUGAAAGUUAAAGGUCCCAUGGGUGACAGGGGAUAUUUUCUGAAACCAUCCAACAUAAGUUGAAAUUCUGUGAUUAUGAUCCUUUUUUCUUGUUGUUUUUACAGCAACCUUCUUCAAAUAUGGAUGACAGUGGAUUCUUCUCCAUUCAAGUUAUAUGCAAUGCACUCAGAGUGUGGGGGUUAGAGCUGAUACCAUUUUUGAGUCCAGAGGCCAGAGAGGCACGAGAAAAUCCUCAGUAAGCCUUGGUAUACUAUUAAUUUAAUAAUUUUAUAAUAUAUACAUAAUUAUUACUGAAUUUCUACAAAGCCACCACAUGAAUAUUCCAUUAUUAAGUGACGCAUGAUUAGAAAGAGUAACAUAUUCUUAAUUGCUUGUUUCUUCUAAACUAGGUACCAGAAAGCUUUUAUAUGUAACUUACAACAACAUUGGCUGACUAUACGAAAAAUUGGCCAUCAGGUACUGGAAAUAUUAAUUAACUUUGUUAAAAAAAUAGAAAAGCCUGAUUUAAAUGGCAUUGUCUGUCAAAGAGGGAUUCAUUAAGAGCUUGAUUGAGUUGAUUCCACUGAUACCAUGAGACAAAUAAUUAAAAAUGAGUAAAUUUCUAAAAGAAACCAAGGUGCUGUGUUGGUUGGGGGUAUAACAAGACAAUUUGGAUUUAUCAAUUGGGUUAAAAAGAGUUUGUAAAGCUGGCCUCAGUUGUUCAAAGGUUUAUCCACUGGAUAAAUCUCUCUCUGGUGGAUAAUGCCAUGCAUUUUGCAAUCACUUAUCCGUUAGAUAAUGUUAUCCCCCCUUAAUUCUCCUUACUGUCUGCCAUAUAGUUCUUGUGAUAUUAGUUUGGAGAAUUUGAUAUUGGAUAAGGUAAUAAACCCCUAAUUAAUAUUUGUCUUUAUUCUCAUUGCUUGUCUGCUUGAUAUUGUAUUGAAACUAUAAGGAGAAAUUCUGUCUUGGUCACUCAUGGGAGUGAAAGGGUUAAGCCCUGACAAAGGUCUAACUCUCAAAACAUCAUUUUUAGAAACUCUUUACUGUGGCCAAUUUACAUAGUCAACUCAUUUGACAAAACCAAAUAUUAUUAUUAUAUUAUAAUAUCUAACAAAGUUAGUAUAGCAGUAAAAUGUUGCAGGCUCGUCUGCCUCUCCAUUGGCUGCCACAGAGGGAAAAACUAAAUGAAGAAAAAUAUGAAGAUAGUGAAUGUAAAAAAGCUAGUCUAGAGUUAUGAAUCUGGAGUAAUCAACGUGAAAAUUGAGAGAACCACAUCAAAUUAAAGUGUCCGUGUUUUUUGUUGCAGUGGUUUAAUCUUAACUCUCUGUUGUCCAAACCAGCGCUGAUAACUGAGACAUAUUUGUCACUAUUUCUUACCCAAUUACAGACAGAAGGUACUUGCAAGCAGAAUUUUAAAUCUUAUUUUCACAGUGACUGUAUCUACAUUAAUUUUGAGGUGUUUUAAAUGCUGUGGCCAAGCAAACAAAAAUAUAUACUAAUUUUGCUCUUCCCUGUCAAAUGACAAUUUCUUUUUCAUAGCUUGCAAAUUAUGCACUCAACUGUCAGAGUUGAUUUACAUGUAACUGUCCAUUUUGAUUCCAGUAUAUUAGCUUUCAAACAGAUUAUGAGAACAGACAAGCUUAUCAGUUAGAGGGUAUUAGUUGUGCCUCCCCUACUCAAAGAGGCACACAAAGUGAUGAUAUCUGGGCACAUUGGUCAGCUUAGCCAUCGUAGAAUACAAUGCCAAAUUAUCUUGUUUAGUUUACAAGGAAUUCAAAGGCACUUAGAAAGGAGAAAUACUAAUUGGAUCUUUGAAGUAAAAGUAAAUAGAGGGGCAAAUAAUGUGGGUUUAAGUGAUUUGGCACAAUAUAAUUUAUAUAAUUUUAGCUUCAAUAAUUUGCUCCUAAAUUCUCAUCAAAUACUUUACAUUAUGCUAUUAUUGUAAAGAGAGGUGUGACAGUGAUCACCUCUUGGAGUGAAAGAGUCAUUAGUGUCUUAUUCAAGACCUUGCCCUCUGCUUCUUAUGUUGAUAGACUUAGAAUUUUGUAAUAUUUAAGUAGCUCAGAGUCCUUGACCCACUGUGUGGUAUCUGUAGACUUUAAAAAGAGCUGCAAAAAAUGAUUUGAAAUUAAAAAUCUCCAAUUCAAGACAUUAUCAGUUCAAACACACAGACAUUACCACCCAUGAUUUCUUGCCUCUUAGGUUAUUCAAUAUUUGUUGUAAGAGGAAAUUUACCAGAGAGUGAAGCAGAUCAACUUUUGAAGCUUUGUCCAGCUGAAUCACAGAAGAAACCUUUUAAAACAUCUGCACACAAAUUGGUGAACAAAACAGAUCUAACAGCUGCGCUUCAACAGGCCAGUGGUGUUGUAGGAGGUGAUGGUAUGUUUAAGCUUUAAAAAUUAAAUCUGUCACUUACCUGAGCAUUCUUGUUAUCUCAAACUUAUGUUUGGAUGCGACUACAUUAUUUCAUGACUUUGACAGAUUUAUGUUUCACUGUAACUGAACAAUAUUUAUAUUUAGUUCUAGAGAUGAGCUGUGUAUUAUACAGCAAUGUAUCUUAUUUUGUCAUCAGAUAAACCAGUUGACAUGGAUGCAGUUCGGAGAAAACGAGAAUUGUAUUUUCAAAGGUAAGUUAACUUUAAAACAAUGGGUGACCUUUUUGGUUUGGAGUCACCACUGUGAUUGGAAACUCACUUCAACCUCUCUUGUAUUUUUUCUCUAUGCAGUUGAUUCUAUUCAAAAAGAAGUGUUGAGGGAAUGACAAUAAGUGUUUUAAAGAAGGAGCCCAGUAUGGCAGAAUUCUAGAUUCCACUUAAGAUACUUCUUUUAUCAUUUUGCAAUUGGACAGGAAAAACCCAAAGGAUCAGCUUGCUAUGUUUAAGCAUGUGAUCAAUGCUCUUUAAGUGAUCGAGACUUUUCAGCUUCACUGAGGAACAAAAUUAAUAUUAUAAUAUGUACUAAUAUGACUUGUUUACAUCUUUUGUGUGUGCAUACUGCUAUUCUGUGUGCAGGUUAUGUUUAUACUAAAAUUCUAGUUCAUUGAACAAACCUUUGAGUGGUGAAGUUUGUAGUUGGGUCUUUUCUUUUCAUGUAAUAUUACAAGUUACACCUGGCAUUGAUUAAUGUCUUAAGGAAUAUAUUCUGAAUUGUUAAUGUGCUAAUUGGAAGUUUGUUGGAUUGGAACCCUAGCUGAAGUUGAACUUUUUUUUUUUUUUUUUUUUUUUUUUUUUUUUAGACAAAACCACACCCAAGCCAACAAUCCAAAUACAGAACAAACCUCAGAGACAGCAGAUACAUCUCAAGAAACUGUAACAACACCUGGUCCACCAGCUGAUCAAGAAGAAUCAUCAGGUACAGAAUAAGAGGGGUUCUCACUGGUUUGGUUCAUAAGGUGGGAUAUAUUAGACAACAUGAGAGGUGAAAAUGAUGUUAGACUGUUCACAAUGUGAGCUUUUACCUUCUCCCUCAACUUAAGCAUGAGAAAAUUUUUGUGACACUUAAAACACUAAGUGACCAGCAGCUAGUUUCUCCCAACGAUAAUACUCUUGAAUUGUUCAUUAAGAUCAUAAGGAUAAAGGAGGUCACCUCCCUAUGAAGCUUUGCUUGUUAAACAAAUUUUCCUAGUCAGUACCAAAGGAAAUGUAUUAAGAGACAAGUAUAAAGAUUAUGAAUACUGAUAUUAGGUUGUAAAGGGAUAAAGGUGUGGAAGUGUGACAAAAGAGGAUUAAAUAAUUUUUGGGCUCGGAAACGCCCUCCCUCCCUCCCUCCCUCAUGUUAAGAUGGCUCUCUUGCUUGUGUCCAGUUUCUUGUGAAUUCUCAAGAUUCUGGAAGCAGACAACAAGAAGAUGCCAUUUUGUUGUUUGCUAUUGUCAUAAACAUCAUGCUUAACCUGUCAAUUGACUGCCUAUCUCCUCUGACAGAGGGCUAAUGCUCAAAACAUCAGCUUUAGAAACUUACUACAGUGGUCAAUGUACCUUAUCAACUCAUGCAGUUGUUAAACCAAGUUAUCUUUUAAUAUCCCUCUGCCUCCCCCCCCUCCAAUGCAGCACUGUAACCCCCCCCCCUCAUUAAUUUAAUGAUUGGUAGUUUAUUAACUCCAGUGGAGGGAUGUGAUUUUGUUACCUUGCACAAUUACAACUGUGCAAGACAUAUUUGGUGCUCCCUUAGUAAACGUUUUUUGAUUCUUUUUACUUAUUUCAGAAUUAUCAGAGGAGGAAAUGCUUCAAAUUGCUCUCAAGUUGUCUCUUGAUAUUACAUAGUGAGGAGUUUUUCUUGGAAUCUGUCUCUUUUUUGUUUCUUUAUAGUAGUAACUGAAGGAAUAAGGAGUGAAUGUAUGUUAAAAAAAAAAAGAUAACUAAGUUUUCAAAUUUGUACAAAAUAACAUUACAUAAAGAACUUCUUUAGACUUAGGGCCAAUUUGAUUGGAAUUUCACAUCCCCACAUACUUGACACCUUGGGAGAGGAGGUUUCUCAGAGAAACAAUUUCUUACCUUUAAAAUUCACUGGAAACUGUUUUAAUUUCAUCAUGGAGAGUACUGCAAUAUUUUAUUAAGUAGAAGGUCUCAGGAUACACCUCACAACCUACGAACAUGGUC